GGGUUACGGCAUGAUCACUCUAGCAUCCACGCUCCUUGCUCAGCAACCGUCACCAACCCUCGACAACGACUCCUCUUCGCGUCCUUUGUCGUUGCAAGUGGCCUUCUUCUACGCCUCCCUCUAUCUCAUCGCCUUCGCACAGGGUGCUGACAAGCCUUGUGGCCUUUCCUUUACCGCCGAUCAAUUUGACCCUGACCACCCUAGUGAAUGCGCAGCCCGCGGCUCCUUCUUCAAUUGGUGGCACUUUUCCAUAGCCGUUGGUAUAGGUAUCGCCAUUAAUGUCGUAAGCUACAUCCAAGAGAAUUUUGGUUGGGGAAUUGGUUUUGGCAUGCUAUGCACCGUAAUGAUUUGCGCCUUCGUCGUGUUCCUCCUUGGCAUUCCUACCUACCGCCUCCACAUGUCCAUCACUGGCUCCGGUAGCCCCUUUGCCCGUCUCGGCCGAAGUUUCAUUACUCUUGCCAAGAACUCAAGCUUCUUCUUCCGCACUAAAAGACACCAGAAUGAAGAUGAAGAUGCCACAAGCAACUUGGAGGAGGCACGCGGCAUGCUAAGGCUAUUGCCAAUCUGGGUUGCAUGCCUAGCAUUUGGCGUGGUGUUCGCGCAAAUAACUACACUCUUUAACAAGCAAGGCCGUACCCUUGAUCGUCGUAUCUUUGGCGGCCUAGAGAUACCAUCAGCCACGUUGCAAACGUUCUGGCCAGCAGCUGUCCUAUUGUUCGUGCCUCUCUACGACCGUGUUCUAGUGCCGGCAUUGCGUUGCGUGACAGGCAUCCCAUCAGGAUUGAUGCUGUUGCAGCGAAUAGGCACGGGCAUGGCUGUGUCACUAGCCGCCAUGUGUGUGGCCGCGUUGGUGGAGGCUCGGAGGCUAGAGAUGGCGCGGCAACACGAACUGGUUGACGAUGGUGGUGCGACGGUGCCGAUGAGCUGGGCAUGUCUAGUGCCACAGUACAUGAUGGUCGGGGUGGCGGAUGUGUUUGUGAUAGUUGGGAUGCAGGAGUUCUUCUAUGACCAGAUGCCUAAAGAGCUUCGUAGCCUUGGGAUAGCGCUCUACUGCAGUGUGAUUGGCGUUGGCGGCUUCAUAAGUGGCGCUCUUAUUUCACUCAUUGACCGCAUCACCCGUAGCGGUGGCGGCGACAGCUGGUUUUCUGAUAACCUCAAUCGCGCCCACCUCGACUACUUCUACUGGGUGCUCGCUGGCCUUAGUGCCACCGAGCUUGUGCUCUACAUCUACUUCGCUAGAUCCUACGUCUACAAGGACAAAAGAGACCGUGCAGAGUGACAACCUAGAAUUAGCAGUGGUUCUAUUUAUGCAUCGAUCGAUGUAGUGGAUGACAGUAAACAUACUUUUUUACUCCACUGGACUGUUGUAACUUAUGUGGUAUUUGAAGAAUAUGUAUCUUCUGUUUACGUUUUAGUUUUUCUCCUGGAUCGCACUUGGCUUUGUAAUAAACUUGUGAAUGUAUAAAAAGCAAUAAAACCUUUCCUUUACAAGGAAAA